CGGACCACCAUCAUGAGUACAUCCUUCUACACCAAAACCUCUCUAAAGACCACCGGUAAACACACCACCUUUCACGGUAUACGUAGCCGGAACGGCAAGUGGGUCGCCGAGAUUCGCGAGCCACGUAAAACAUCCCGUAUAUGGCUAGGAACAUACCCUACGGCCGAGAUGGCUGCAGCCGCAUAUGACGUAGCGGCUUUGGCACUCAAGGGUGGUGACACGACGCUGAACUUCCCAGACUUUGUGGGAUCAUAUCAAGUUCCAGAGUCCCCGGAGCCCGCCUUGAUAAGGCGGGCUGCUGGAGAAGCUGCUGAGUCGAUGAAGGUGUUUAGAGAGCGAGAAGACGGCGACCGGGCCGUUGGUGGUGACCGGAAUGAUGAGUUUAUUGAUGAAGAAGCGAUUUUUGAUAUGCCGAAUUUGUUGGUGGAUAUGGCUGGUGGAAUGCUAGUGAGUCCACCGCGGCAUAUGGUUGUUGAUGAUCGGCCAUUGGGGGACUCUUCUGACUGUGACAACUUGUGGAGCUAUUAGUUUUGUUUUUAACUAAUAUUAUGAAAAAUGUUUUUUUUUUCUUAAA